ACGAAAUACAGAAACUGCACAUCAGAACAGUUCCGUUGCGGGAAUCGCCGCGAAGGAUAGCCUAUCAGGAGUCGACCCAAACGUUUGGUGUGAUUACUAUGAGACACGAUAUGCUGGGAGAGGACGGCUUGGUUCCCCUCCGCACCGAUUGCGCCAGUCGUACAGCGCAAAACAUAACCUAUUCUUCAUCCAUACCGACAAUCGUAAAGCCAAGCAAUGCGUCAAAUAUGGAACAGACAGGUCUUGAGGUGGAAGUACAUCACCUAUUGAUCAUAGAUCAGCACACCUUCGAAGUACUUCACGCGCACCAAUUCAUGGCCAAUGAAUACGCUUUGAGUGUUAUUUCGGCCAAAUUGGGUGACGAUCCGAUCGCGUAUUAUAUCGUUGGGACGUGUUUUGUAAAUCCGGACGAACCGGAGCCCAAAUUGGGCCGAAUUAUUGUCUUUCAUUUAUCUGAAGGUCGGUUACAACAAGUGUCUGAAAAGGAGAUCAAAGGCGCGCCCUAUACUAUAGUUGAGUUCAACAGCAAACUGUUGGCCGGAAUCAACUCAACCGUUCGGCUCUACGAAUGGACACAACAAAGAGAUUUACACAACGAAUGCUCUUAUUUUAACACAAUUAUAGCCUUAUAUCUCAAAACG